CUCCCUCUCGUAUAGGAUUCUUAUUUCUUAGACGAGGGGCUGAAAAUUAAUAUUCGCGAAAAUCUGCCUCGGAAAAUUCUGUUGUAAUAACGAUGUUAGUGCACUCGAUAGUAGAUAAGAACAAAAGAGUAGCAGUUACCAAGCAGGGUUAGAGUGCCGCAAGGAUAGCAGAUUAGUUGAGUAGUUAUUUAUUUAUUGUUGGUUUUUGGAGGUUCCGAAAAUCAAGCACAAUGUUCGCGUUUUCUCAGCAAAAUGCUGUCGAGCCAAUGCAAGUGGAUGCUCCUAACGAGGAUAAUGACAAUACUGAAGAGGAGCCAUACAUUGUUGAAAAUCCAACACUAGAUUUGGAAUCCUAUGCUAAUAGUUAUGUAGGUCUUGCAAAACUGUUCAGGUUAAUGUACAUAGCAGAUCACUGUCCUUCACUUAGGAUUGAAGCUCUGAAAAUGGCUAUAAAUUAUGUCAUGACAACUUACAAUGUCUCUAUAUAUUUGGUAUUACAUAAAAAAUUAACUGCAGCUGUGAAUGCAGGAGGUUUGCCUGAUGUAGCUGCCCAAUCUACUUCCCAAGAUAUACCAACAGUUGACCAAAUGUGGGUGGAUACAAAAUCAAAAAAAGCAGCAUUGAAACUUGAAAAGUUUGAUACUGAUCUUAAGAACUACAAGAGUAAUUCCAUCAAAGAGAGCAUCAGGAGAGGUCACGAUGAUUUGGGUGACCAUUACUUGGACUGUGGAGAUCUUGGUAAUGCGCUCAAAUGCUACUCCAGAGCUCGCGAUUAUUGUACCAGUGGCAAGCAUGUUGUGAACAUGUGCUGGAAUGUACUGAAAGUAUCCAUAUAUCUGCAGAAUUGGGCUCAUGUGACUAGUUAUGUCACUAAGGCUCAAAAUACACCUGAUUUCCCUGAUGUUCAUGGGAAAGAUAAUAAUGUGGCUAUUAUAACAAAACUAAAAGUUGCUGCUGGUUUGGCAGAGCUUGCAACAAAGAGGUACAAGACUGCUGCCAAGCUAUUUUUGCAAGCCUCUCUUGAUCAUUGUGAUUUUCCUGAAAUACUAUCACCUGGUAAUGUUGCUCUUUAUGGAGGUUUAUGUGCUUUAGCUACUUUUGAUAGGCAUGAAUUGCAAAAACAAGUGAUAUUCAGCAGCUCUUUCAAACUUUUCUUGGAACUAGAGCCACAGCUGAGAGACAUUAUUUUCAAGUUUUAUGAAUCAAAAUACGCCUCUUGCUUGAAGUUGUUGGAUGAAAUCAAGGAUAAUAUUUUAUUAGAUAUGUACAUCGCGCCGCACGUCAAUUCGUUGUAUACCCAAAUUCGUAACAGAGCGCUCAUUCAGUACUUUAGUCCUUACCUUAGUGCCGAUAUGAGACGUAUGGCGACGGCUUUCAACAGGACCGUCGCAGCCUUAGAAGAUGAACUUAUGCAGCUUAUACUUGAUGGACAGAUUCAAGCUCGUAUCGAUUCUCAUAAUAAGAUUUUAUACGCCAAAGAUGUUGAUCAGAGAAGCACGACUUUUGAAAAGUCCAUUACUUUAGGCAGAGAGUAUAGAAGGCGCACGAGAUUGUUGAUUUUGAGGGCAGCAAUUUUGAAACAUCAAAUUCAAGUAAAGAGCCCCCAAAGAGAUUCUCAAGUUGGAGAUUUACCAUUGGGGCCUGGAAAUCCAAAUCAGGCGCCAAGAAAUUAAAACUGUGGUGUUUUUUUUUUCAACUGAAUCUUUGAUAUUUUUGAGAGUCACAUACGCAACAUCUUCAUUAAAUUUUUUUAUAACAAUAGUCGUUACUAAAGUACUUGAUUCGGAAUACUGUCAUCCCUCUUGUAUAUAUGAAAAAUUCAACUGUACUUUAGAUAGUAACUUCUGCGAGAAUAAGUUGAACAGCUUUUGUAUAAUUGGUCAAAAUUGGUCGCAUUUUUCUUUUCUUUCUAAUGAAUACUUGAUAAAUUACUUUUCUCUAUUCUGUUGACUUGCGCCUUCUACUUCGUUUGAGCUCGUACGAGGCUUUAUGUUACAAAACUAUAAAUAAAAUCUCGAUUAAUUUUUUUCU